AUGAUCAAGGUGAAAACCCUGACGGGUAAGGAGAUCGAGAUCGACAUCGAGCCCACGGACUCGAUCGAGCGCAUCAAGGAGCGCGUCGAGGAGAAGGAGGGGAUUCCUCCAGUCCAGCAGCGGCUGAUCUUUGGAGGUAAGCAGAUGAACGACGAUAAGAUCGCCAAGGAUUUUAACAUCGAAGGUGGGUCGGUGCUUCACUUGGUUCUCGCCCUUCGCGGAGGGCGGCUUUAG